UGGUCAAAAAUCGCUUCAAUGUUCCGACAGUAGCAUUGGAAGGAACCCGAGAAGUGGGAUCCCAUUUUUUGCGGAGUCUACUCGUGUUGCGGUGUUUCCAAUUUUUUGCUUUUGUCGGCUCAGGUCUUUCCUGAUGCUGAGCACGAAAAAGCCUAGCUGCUCGGGGCGUAAUAAUUGUUGCGCCCCGCUGGUCUGUGAUUUUUUAGUGCAGCAAAUUUGUUGGCGUGUAAUGAUUAUUACGCCCUGAAGUUAUAGGAAUUUUGGCAACGAUUCCGAC